UCGUUUCUCCUGCUUUUAGAACAGCAAAAUGUGGAUAAGCAAGUUCCUGAACUGACCUCUGUCAAGAGAAAGGGCAGAGAAGUGUUGCCGAGAUCGACGGCGAACAGCUUCCAUUCAUCAACGCCUCCAUAACCGAGAAACAAGAAUGACUCUACCGACCUGUCUGCUAGUUGGCCUAUGUUUUUGUUCCAUUCUGGCCGUGAUUUCUGCUAAUUCUGAAUUUUGUGCAGCCGGCCAGCAAAAAAAUGAGGGAAAUUGUGGGAAAGAAACUGAAGACAAGACAUCAUUCUCGUCUGCCAUUGCUUCGCGCUAUCUUCUUUAUGAUGUAAAUCCACCUGAAGGGUUCAACUUGAGACGUGAUGUUUACAUGCGAUUGGCAAUCUUUGUACGGAGCAUGAAGAAAGAGGGCAAUUGGAAAUUGGUGCUGCCCCCUUGGGGUCAGAUGUAUCACUGGCAGUCUUCGAAUGUAGGAGAGCAAACAAAACUACCUUGGAGAAUGUUCUUUGAUGUGCCAAGUCUCCAAAAUUUUGCCCCUGUGAUUGAAAUGGAAGAAUUCCUUGCUACAGUUAGUAAAGGGAAGGCAACAAUUGAAGAAGUGUAUGUACUUCAACAUUACAAGGAUAUGUGGGAUGAAGGCAGAGAAUGGAAAGACCGAUGGGAUAUUGAGAGGUGUGCUGAUAGUAUUCCCUACACGAAAGUUGGCAAAGUGUAUAAGGGGCCUUUUUGGACGUAUGACAAUGUCACAGCGCAGAAAGUGGCCUGCUUGUCUUUCCAGGGGCAUGCAUCUCUACUCAAAGAGUUUCUGAAAACAAACAAAGCAAAGUCAGUCAUGAUCGAUCAUGCUGAGGUGGCUUUGCAUGACUCCUAUGGGGAUCGCACCUACUGGGAGGCUCGGCGUAGCAUGCGGUUUGCACAGAGUUUAGUUGAAAUAGCGAAUACAUUCCGUAAAGAUCAUCUGCAUUCAUCUGAUGAAGAGGACGGAAUACAACGCCCUAAUGAUUGGAGAAAGGAAACUCAAAGGAACAUAGCUGGAGGAGGACCUUAUUUGGCUGUUCAUCUGAGAAGGAAGGACUUUCUUUGGGGGCGUUCAAAAGAAGUGCCUGAUCUCCGAUUUGCUGCAAAACAGUUAGAAGAGCAAAUGGAGAAAUUGCAGUUAAAGACAAUUUUUGUAGCUUCAGAUGCACCAAAGCCAGAGUUUGCGGAGCUUAAAACUCAUCUGUCAAAAUAUAAAGUACUACGUUUUGAGCCUACCCCAACAAUAAAGUUCAAAAUAAAAGAUGGAGGGGUAGCAAUCGUUGACCAGAUAAUUUGCUCUCAUGCUAAAUAUUUUAUUGGAACCUAUGAAUCUACAUUUUCUUUUCGGAUUCAAGAGGAAAGAGAAAUUAUGGGUUUUCAAAGAAACAUGACAUUUAACCGCCUGUGUGGAAGGCAAGAGGGCACUCCCUGUGCACAGCCAACUCAAUGGCCAAUUGUUUUUUAAUAAAACUUAGAAAUAUGCUCAAGUGAUAUUAUACUUAAUUUCAUGCAAUAAUAGGGUGUUAAACCAAAGAAACUGUUUAUCUAAGACUGAGGUAAAGCUCAAGUUAAGUAAUUUAAAUGGUAUAAGACGCACAAUAAAUGAAACUACAUUGCCCCAAAAAAUAAUUAUUAAUUCAUUAAUUAAUACUGUUAGAUCUCCUGUUUUCAAUGUUUUUCCUUAAUUAUUCCAAUUUUAAUACUGUAUCAUGCUUCUAAAUUUUAAUAGUUAUGUCUGUACUCAAAUUUAAAGCACAACUGUAACAUUUAGGUUUUGUAAGUUUGCACUUCCAAUCAUUGUCAUAGUGAACUAAGAUGAGAGUUGAUCAAAUGUAAUAUAUGCUAGUACAAAUAAUGCUAUAUGAGAAAGAACAGAAUUUUUCUGCUCAUUUCCCAGUGAUAAAAUGCCAUAUCAUUCAUUGUUUUAGAUAGACUAAUAAAAAUGAAUUUCAUUGACAUCCUGA